AUGCCAUCCUCCACCCCCUCCGCCGGAGCCUCCUCCACCCCCGAUGCCCUCGAAUCCGACCUCCUUACCAAACUUUCUGCUACAUCUGCACUGGAGGAUUUGCAAGAGAACCUGCUCGGCUCGCUCCACCGCAUGGGUUGGACCGAACGGGUCACAAGUCUCGCAACUGAGCUCCUCCGCGCCGGACGCUGCGAGACCUUCGACGAUGUCAUGGAGGCAAUAGUUGCCUCUGCUGAGGGCAGGUCACAUCCCGCGUUGGGCUCCAAAAAUGCAGAACAGAACGGCGACGCCACUCCCAAUGGCUCCAAGGAGUCCAGAUCCAAUGGAACGAAGAAGGGCGGAGGCGGUAGCAGUUCGGAUAAUAAACCAUGGGACCCGCUGAAAUACAUCGAAGAGGUCGACGUGCGUAUUCCUGAAAACGUGGUAGACGAGGGUGUUCGUGGCCUGAAGGACAUACUGCGUGAGAUGGUCGACCUCGAAGAUGAGAAUACCCCAAACGGAGAGAAGAAAUAA